AUGGCUGAGCACAGCGAAACAUACAAACUCUGGGAAGUGACUUGGAUAAAAAUAACAAUGUGUAUCUGUUUUGAUUUUUUUUGUGCCAUGAAUAUUUUAUUUUGAAAAGUCAGAUCUGAAGCAAAUUCUCAGACUGAACUACUUGUUAGGCCUCACUGUAAGAAUGUUUUAUUCACUGUCUCAUUUAUGGUAAAUUGGCAGGCUGCUCAUUUUGAACAGCUUUUUGCAUGAAAUAGAAGCAUGCCCAUUCUAACGGUUCAUU